AUGCCUUCUCCAAGCAGAAGCUUGGCGAAUCUAUCUUUCAUUAGUUCAGUUUCGGACCAUUCCGACUCCGGUUUCACUGCCUUCUUCGUCGGAAUCAACAUGUGCCUCCCGUCGAUCACCGGCGGCAUCAGAGUAACCGGCGGCGCGUACACCUCGUUGUCCAACUCAGGCGCGUCACAGAAUGGUGGAGCGAGCGAACAAGACGUCGUGGGGAGAGAAGUGGGAUCUCUUCCACGACGAAACACUCCCCAUUUCUCCUCAACCAGGUCAAUUGCUACCGUGUCAGCAACUGCAGCAGGGCAUUGCAAGAGGGUGUUGGUACACGAAAAGACUCGAUGGAAGUUCAAUUAG